AUGGUUGUCUUGGAUUUCAAAGGGAAGGUUACCUCUUUGAAUGCCAUUGAUAUGAUAUCUAUAUGGCAUGAUUUGGCAUAUCCAUUUUCAGUUGCUCGAGAAAAGGAGCUUUGGGUGGAACAGAGUUGGACGAUGGAGCUUCUGAUUGAUAACAUUGAUCCUCUCAUAAUGUAUUGGAAAAACCUGAGUAACUAUCUUCCUCUCUUGAAGAUAUACUUCUUCUGGACACGAUUAGAGUGCAUGAAACGUUCAAAACUCUGUCUUGGAUAUGAAACUGAAGAUGAUACUUUCUUGAAUGAACUCAGCUCUUUGUUGAGCACUAGUUCAGCAGAUAAAGGCUGGUUACUUGUUGGUGCAGCAAAAUCGAAGGACAUCCUUAGAUUAACUGGAAACCAAUGCCUUGAGCUUUUAUCGCUCUUUGAUGUUUGGGGGGAGUAUGCUAAUAAAUUUGGCAUCCUCGGCGCAAUGAGACAAGCUCUUGCCCCUCCAAUUCAAGCAGGUUGCGGUAACUUUGCCAUCAUUCCACAUGUUGAGGAGAUUACUGAUGAUGCUUGUGUCUGCAAAAUUUGCAAUGGCUUAAUGGAGAAAUAUAUUAUGUAUCAGUGCGCAUCAGUCUAAUUGUUGAUUUCUGGAUGUUAUAUAUUUUGAUGUGGUCAUAUAUAUCAAUAUCAUGUUGGUCUAGUUUAAAUGCAGCAUGAUGGUAUUCUAAGU